AUGAAACUGUUUCUGCGAUUAUUAUUGACUGUAUUCUUCUGUGGUUUCGUUUUGUGUCAAAUGGUGAAUAGCCAAUACAGAGAGACAGAGUUUAAUCAUGUAGAACCUGAUGGAUACAAUGCAUUAUAUGAAGAUGAUCCUAAUUACAUUCAAAAACGUGUUCAAUUUCUACGUCUCGCCUCUAAUAAUAAUAAUAAUAAUAAUAAUAAUAAUAAUAAUAAUAAUAAUAAUAAUAAUAAUAAUAAUAAUAAUAAUAAUAAUAAUAAUAAUAAUAAUAAUAAUAAUAAUAAUAAUAAAUAUAAUAAUAAUAAUAAUAAUAAUAAUAAUAAUAAUAAUAAUAAUAAUAAUAAUAAUAAUAAUAAUAAUAAUAAUAAUAAUAAUAAUAAUAAUAAUAAUAGUAAUAAUAACAGCAAUGGUUACGAAUAG